AUGUCCAGUCCGGCCAAAAAGCGCAAGCGGAAUGGCGAAUCUUCGCAGAAUACUCGCAGUAUCGAAUCGUUUUUCAAGGGUCAAGCUACUAGGCCCAAUCCAGAGCAUGAGCCUGAUGUCAGUGAUCAGACGCUAUCGGACGAAGCUUUAGCUCGCAAGCUUCAAGCCGAGUGGGAUCAAGAAGAAGACGCCCAGAGCUCACUUGCAAAUGGCGAUCAAGCGGCAUCAGCUGUAUCAGCAGCAUCUGAGACCAGCACAGCUCCAUUAGCGCUUUCAACACCCGCCGAGGCGACCCCAGAGGCUCCGAUGGUACCAAAGAAGAACACACUAUCAUUGCAGUCAUCUACUGGCACAGAGGAUACAGUUGCCCUUGCUGUUCCAUUUGAUCAAAAUCCACAAACGUUCGAUGCGACCAAAUACGCCCACGACCUGCGGUCGCGUUGGGCCAGCGAAGGCGGCGAUGCUUCCUACGCGUUGCUGACAAGGGCAUUUGUCCUCGCCAAUGCCACGACCAGCCGAAUAAAGAUCGUUGAUACCCUUGUCAACUUCUUACGGGUCUUGAUCGAAGGAGAUCCGUCUAGCCUUCUUCCUGCUGUGUGGUUAGCAACCAAUUCCAUCUCCCCUCCCUAUGACGAGUCAGAGCUCGGGUUAGGAGGUUCGUCUAUCUCCAAGGCUUUCAAGAAGAUUUACGGUCUUGAUAGUCAGGGCCUCAAGACCCUCUAUGACAAACACGGAGAUGCUGGCGAUGUUGCAUUCGAAGCCAAGAAGAGACAGAGUUUCACUCUAGUCAGGCCUAAGCCACUCAAGAUCAAGGGGGUUUACGAAUCACUUCUCAAGAUUGCCAGAAGCAAGGGCUCUGGUAGUCAAGAGACAAAACAACGAAUCGUUGAAAAGUUACUGCAAGAUACCCGAGGCGCCGAAGAGAGCCGGUACAUUGUGCGGACUUUGGUACAAAAUCUGCGGAUUGGCGCUGUCAAAACAACAAUGCUUAUUGCUCUUGCGCGUGCAUUCCUUUACUCUAAGCCAGAAGGUGCUGAAUUCACGAUUCUACCGCAGAAGGAAUUAGCUAGUCUAAAAAAAGAUCAGCUUGCUGAAAUAUAUUCCAACGCUGAAGAGAUUGUCAAAGCAUCAUAUGCCAGACACCCGAACUAUAACGAUCUCGUGCCCAGUCUUCUCGAGAUCGGCGUGACUGAUGAGCUUUUGAUCCGAUGUGGUCUUGCACUUCAUAUUCCCCUCCGACCAAUGCUGGGCAGUAUCACAAGAGAUCUUUCGGAUAUGUUGACGAAGCUUCAAGGACGAGACUUCAGCUGUGAAUACAAAUAUGAUGGACAACGAGCUCAGGUACAUUGCGACGAGCAAGGGAAGGUCUCCAUAUUUUCCCGCCAUCUCGAGCUCAUGACGGAGAAAUAUCCAGACCUUGUGUCUUUGGUGCCCCAAAUCCGAGGGGAAGGCGUCUCCAGUUUUAUUCUAGAAGGAGAAGUUGUCGCAGUAGACAGCGAGACCGGUGACCUGCAGCCCUUCCAGACCCUUUCCAAUCGCGCAAAGAAGAACGUCGAAAUCGGAGCCAUCACCGUCAAUGUAUGUCUUUUCUCAUUCGACUUGAUGUACCUUAACGGUGAACCGCUUAUGGAUCGACCAUUCCGCGAGCGCCGGGUGCUUCUCCGCAGCCUAUUCAUCGAAAUCCCCAACAGAUUCACCUGGGUCAAACAUCUAGAUGCGACAUCUGCAGAUUCCGAGACCGUGUUGGAAUUCUUCAAAGGAGCCACAGACGCCAAAUGCGAAGGUAUCAUGGUUAAGGUCUUGGACAACACGAUAAUUCCCACCGCGAACAAAGACGAAACGGCUUCCAUCACCAACGAUCUAGAUGUAGAAGCUCCCGCUCCAGCAGUAACCGAAGGCAACAGCACGAAACAGCCUAAAGAAAAAACCACUAGACGCAAAGCCCUCCUAUCGACCUAUGAGCCCGACAAACGCCUCGAAUCUUGGCUCAAAGUAAAAAAGGACUACAGCACAUCUUCCGAAACACCCGAUCUAAUCCCAAUAGCUGGAUGGCACGGGCAAGGCCGCAAAGCAAAAUGGUGGUCCCCGAUCCUCCUCGCAGUGCGCAACCCUGAAUCCGGAGCUCUCGAAGCCGUGACGAAAUGCAUGUCAGGCUUCACCGACAAAUUCUACCAAGCCAACAAAGAGAAAUACGCUGAAGGCAGUCCCAAUGUAAUCUCGCGGCCUGCUUAUGUGGACUAUUACGGCUCGCCGGACGUCUGGUUCGAGCCUCAGGAAGUGUGGGAAACGGCCUUUGCGGAUAUUACGCUCAGUCCGACGUAUACGGCCGCUAUUGGAUUAGUCAGUGAGGAGCGGGGGCUGAGUUUGCGGUUUCCGAGGUUUUUGAAGGUGCGGGAGGAUAAGAGCAUUGAUGAGGCAACAAGCUGUGAUUAUCUUGCGUUGCUUUGGAGGAAGCAGGCGGAGAAGGCGAAGGUUGAGGGGGUGGAGGAAGAACUUGGAUGGCAGGAAGAUUGA